AAAAUCAACAAAUAAAUAAAAUUGAUUAUUGAUUAUUUGAUUACAGUUGUGACUUAGUUUAAAUUCUGACACAUAGAUUACUUGGUCUGCAAGAGCAUUGACCUAAGCAAAAUACUUGAUAACCAAGUUUCUGUUUCUUUUCAGCUUUUACUUUGUCUUUGUCUACUGCAUACAGCUAUAUAUAAACAGAGGAAGAAGCAAUAGAGUUGUAUCAAAUACAGUUUUAAGCCAUCACAAAAAAGAGAAAAUGAAGAGAGAGGGUCGACAACAUGGGAUGGUUAGAAGCUACUUGGUCUUGCCAUCACCAUUAAAUCCUACACCCAAGUCCAAAAUAGUCAACGCACUGGAUUCUCGUCCAACCGCCGGAGCAUUCACAAAAGUGUCAAGGAAGCCAACAAAUCAUUCCAAGUUCACAGGUAAAUGUGGUGUAGCGAGGUGCACAGAUUGUCACAUUAACCCAGGGAAUAAGUCGAAAGAUAAGGCCAAAGGAACUCAAAAGCUUAAAUCAUGUAAUGCUGCUGUGAAUCAGCGGUCAUUGGCUUGGAGUGUCGUGGAUGCUAACAAUGGAAAUGGUUUGAAUUAUGAUUCGAAAUCCGCUACGGGUAUUCUGUGUGCUAUUUCUAGCAGUGAAUAUUUUGAUGAUUACUAUCAUGAUGAUGAGGAUGAGUUUGAAGAAUAUGAGAGCCAUGAGCCGCUGACGUCGCUAGAAGGGACAGAACAGUUUCAGGAGAUUGAAUUUGUGCUGGAUUGUCAAGCAGAAGAAGAUGAAGGUUGGUGUGUUUUGUGAAUGUUUAUUUGUGCUGUUUGUUUUCAUGUGAACAUUGGCUAUUGUUUGUUGAGCACGAGCUCAAGAUCUAGACUUUGUAGAUGUACUAAUGAAAUUCUUUAUCAUUGGGGAAAAAAAACGGUAGAUCAGUGAUUUACCAAUAUAUGAUUGUAAUGUUUGAGAAAUAGAAUAAAGUGGCGUUGUUGCUA